AUGGUUGAACCUAUCUCAUUAAACGAGUGUGAUGAGGUUCGAAAAAAAGAACUUAUGACUAAUGUUAAAAAAAUUCAAGAAGAAGUUCAAAAUGCAGCUCAAGGACGAAAUGUUAGACUUGUGGCUGUUUCUAAACUUAAACCUGCUUCAGAUAUUUUAGGUUUAUAUGAAGGCAUUCAACAUCUUCAUUUUGGUGAAAAUUAUGUUUCGGAAUUAGUUGAAAAGGCAAAAUUGUUACCUCAAGAUAUAAAAUGGCAUUUCAUUGGAGCCCUUCAGACAAACAAAUGCAAAAUUUUAGGAUCGAUUCCAAAUCUAUUCGCAGUAGAAACAGUAGAUACGAUUAAAAAAGCCGAAGCACUAAACAAAUCUAGAUCUCAAUUAUCUCAAACUUCAUGCAAUCCAAUUGCAAAACUAAAAAUCUAUAUUCAAAUCAAUACAUCAAAUGAACUGAACAAAUCAGGAAUCAAAGUUGAACAAGAAUCAAUAGAAGAUACAUCAGAAUUGAUUUUAUUAUCAAAUUAUAUAAAAGAAGAUUGUGAAUCACUUGAAUUAAGUGGAUUAAUGACCAUUGGAUCAUUUAAAGAAUCCACAACUGAUUCUGAUUUUAAUGAAGACUUUCAUCGAUUGAUCAAGAUUCGUAAUCUUUUAGAGGAUAAGAUUGGAAUUAAACCUUUGGGACUUAGUAUGGGAAUGAGUUCAGAUUUUUCUUUGGCCAUUCGAAUGGGUAGUGAUAAUGUUAGGGUAGGAUCUAAGAUCUUUGGUGAACGACCACCUUUUAAACCUUCAUAG